AUGCUUUAUCAGGAAGGUAAAAGCAAGGCAGUUACUGGUGACAGGUACCUGGGAAUAACGAGACCUCUUACGUACCCUGUAAGGCAGAACGGGAAGUGUAUGGCCAAAAUGAUCCUCUGCGUAUGGCUCUUAUCUGCCUCUAUCACUAUACCUCCGCUCUUUGGAUGGUCCCAAAAUGUAAACGAUGAAAAGGUUUGUUUGAUCAGUCAAGACUUUGGCUACACCAUUUACUCCACGGCAGUUGCAUUUUAUAUUCCAAUGUCAGUGAUGCUUUUCAUGUACUAUCAGAUUUACAAAGCUGCCAAGAGGAGUGCUGCUAAACAUAAGUUUGCUGGUUUUCCCCGGCCAGAAGAAACGGAAGGGAUUUCUAUGAACGGAGUUGUAAAACUGCACAAGGAAUCUGAAGAAUGUACUAAUUUUUCACGACUCCUAAAGCAUGACAAGAAAAACAUUUCCAUCUUUAAAAGAGAACAGAAAGCUGCCACUACGCUUGGGAUUAUUGUUGGGGCUUUCACUGUCUGCUGGCUGCCCUUCUUCCUCCUCUCAACCGCCAGGCCCUUCAUCUGCGGUACAGUGUGCAGCUGUAUCCCACUGUGGGUUGAGAGAACAUUUCUAUGGUUGGGUUAUGCAAACUCUCUCAUUAACCCUUUUAUAUAUGCCUUCUUUAAUCGGGACCUGAGGACAACUUACCGCAACCUCUUGCAAUGCAGAUAUAGGAAUAUCAACCGGAAACUCUCAGCUGCAGGGAUGCAUGAGGCUCUGAAGCUUGCAGAAAAGCCAGAAUUUGUUCUGUAAGGUCCCCCAUCCUUUACUAUGAUAAUUUGUUGGUUUAUCACAUUAGCUUUUUCCCCAUAGAUCGAAAAGAAGAGUUAUGGGAAGAAGCAGGCUUCUUGAGCACUGUUAAUGCAGUCAUCAAGAAACUGAAAGGUAACAAGGUUAAUUCUUGUACAGCCCAC